AUGGCGCCUAUUCAUAAAGCUAUCGAUAAGUCGACCACCUUCAUGGAGAUGCUUGCAACCAAUCCUCCCGUCGCGCCUGUUGUGCUUCUCAAUGUUAUCUCGAUCCCCGAAGAAGCCGACAAGAAGUCCUUCCUAGACACUUGGGCCCGUUCUGCCGAAGUUCUCAAGAGGGCCCCUGGUUAUAUAUCGACCCAACUCCAUCACGCUAUUGGAGACGGCAACUUUAUUGUCAACUACGCCGUCUGGAGGAACAAUGUUGAUUUGAAGAAUGCUUUGACAUUGCCUGAUUUUGUCCACGUCUGCGAAGGUUUUCCGGAGGGGACCGAGUUCCGUGCAGCCGUCUUGCAGAAAUCUGAGAUUGACGGUAUUUGUGUGGGUGUGCCGACUGAAUAA